CCGCGGACUCGCUAUAGAAAACAAAGCUAAGCGUCUUCCAUACCAGCUAGGGCUGCAGACUCGAGGACUAUCCGAAUUUAUUCUGGAUACAUGAUCGCACAGAAUAUGGAUCUACAGGGGGUGUAGCGUUGUUACAGACCGAGCCUUCUCGGCUGAAAUGACGGCAGGUCACUAACGAAAGCGACGAAAAUACCAUCUGUUUAGUUUAAUUUUUUUCCUCGGGGUUCUUUGUCUUGUCCACCUAACGAUAGCAAAACAUCAUUUUCAUCUCAAUUGCACGAAAUUCAGCUAGUGAUCACUAGCUGCAGCCGGGAUGUAUCACCAUGUUUUCACCUAAAAGAAUCAGCUAAAACGUCGGAUUGUGAAGCAGAAGCAGAGACCCCUCACUCCCGGGUCCCAACGGGCUGACACCUGGACCUGAAUCUGUUAGCCGCAGCCGCGAAACCCACUGUUUUCGGCGAUAUGGCGGAGCAAGGCUACUCAUCCUGGGCAUACUCCCUAGUUGACUCCAGUCAGGUGUCCACCUUCCUGAUCUCCAUCCUUCUUAUCGUCUAUGGCAGCUUCAGGUCAUUAAACAUGGAUUGUGAGAACCAGGAGAAGGAUAAAGACGGCAACCCCACAGCAACGGGGUCUUUUAAUAACAGCAACACAAACAACAGCAUUCAAACUAUAGACUCCACACAGGCCCUGUUUCUGCCAAUAGGAGCUUCUGUGUCCCUACUAGUCAUGUUCUUCUUUUUCGACUCGGUUCAGGUGGUCUUCACUAUCUGCACUGCAGUUCUUGCUACAAUUGCAUUUGCAUUCCUGUUGUUACCUAUGUGCCAGUAUCUGACCAGACCCUGCUCCCCGCAGAACAAGAUUUCAUUUGGUUGCUGUGGACGCUUCACCUUGGCCGAGCUGUUGUCGUUCUCUCUUUCCGUCAUGUUGGUCCUCAUCUGGGUGCUGACUGGACACUGGCUCCUCAUGGACGCUUUAGCCAUGGGCUUGUGCGUCGCCAUGAUCGCCUUUGUUCGACUUCCCAGUCUGAAGGUGUCUUGCCUGCUGCUGUCAGGACUGCUCAUUUAUGAUGUUUUCUGGGUGUUCUUCUCAGCUUACAUCUUUAACAGUAAUGUGAUGGUUAAGGUUGCCACUCAGCCUGCUGAAAAUCCCAUAGAUGUUCUCUCCAGGAAGCUCCACCUGGGGCCAGGAAUGGGCCGCGAUGUUCCCCGACUCUCCUUACCUGGCAAACUGGUCUUCCCAAGCUCCACAGGAAGCCAUUUCUCAAUGUUGGGAAUAGGAGACAUCGUGAUGCCAGGGCUUCUGUUGUGCUUUGUCCUGCGUUAUGAUAACUACAAGAAGCAAGCAACAGGGGAGGUCCCGGGGCCUGGCAACAUGUCCGGACGCAUGCAGCGCGUCUCAUAUUUCCACUGUACUCUCAUCGGAUACUUUGUGGGUCUGCUGACUGCCACUGUGGCCUCGAGGAUCCAUCGUGCCGCUCAGCCCGCUCUGCUCUACUUGGUUCCCUUCACCCUGCUGCCUCUGCUCACUAUGGCUUACCUAAAGGGGGAUUUGCGGCGAAUGUGGUCCGAGCCUUUCCAUGCCAAGGCCAGCAGCUCUCGCUUCCUGGAGGUAUGAUGCAACCUGGGGACGAGCAACCAGCGCGGGGACGACUGCUGAUCUUUUCCUCUUUAUUAGAGGAAAGGAGAGAGGGCACACUGACCAUGAGGCCAUGUUGUCAUCACUUCAUGCUUUCCACCAAUCAGUGAAGAAAAAAAAAAUCCCUAAGAAAGGACACCAGAGUGUGGAUCACAACACCCAGACACGAAUCAUCUUUGCCCCCCUACGUUCUUUUCCCGUUUUAUCUCCGGUUCCUCUUUGCCGUUUCUUUCCUGUCCCUUACAGGACAUCCUGCCUGUUCUGUUUUUGUGCUUCCCUCCUCUUUGUCUCCUUUUUUUUUCCUCUCUCCCACUGCCCCUCCUUCUGCACGGCCCAUCUCAUAUUUUCCACCUCCCCUCUCUUCUGUCUUUUUGUUAUUCUUUCUGGAUUCCUUUCUCUCUGAUGAACUAAAUGGACCACCCCUCACCCCACCUCAGUUUUUUGUGGACUUACAGUUGUGAGACAUGGCUGGGAUUUAUAUGUAUUUUUUUAGCAUUGUCGUGGUCAUUAUAAUUAAUGUUAAUAUAAUCAAAGAACUUUAACAAGCAAAGAAGAGUUGGAGUGUUGCAGUGGCACAAGAACAGCAACACAGUUCCGAGUUCUCCCUCUUCUUCAGGCUGCCUGUUUCAUCUUCUCCUCCCUGAUGACUCCCCCUGGUGCUCCUGCCCUCUUACUACACCCCCUGUGCGUCCCCAUCCCACCCCUCCCGCUCCAUCUUCUGUUCAUCUGCUGUCCUUACCCCAACAGAUAACUAUGUAUUUUAUUUAGAAAAGUUUUAUUCUUUGCAUAUACAGAAAGGAUGCAUUAAAAUUGUUAAGCCACCUCCCCGCCACCAGCAUUGGGAGUCGAAGGGGGUUGCUUUUAUUUGUAUAUAUGUGUACACAUGUAUUUGCAGUAUCAUGAGUUUCUAUUUGUGUUUGAGAGCAUGUUGAAAAAGAGCGGUAAACUGUUGUCCCGUAGCAGCCUGAUUUAUACUCUGAUGAAUUGUGGAUCCAGCUUUGUGCAAUAGAAACAUCAUGGGAAAAAAAUGUAAAUUUAGACGACAGUUUCCCGCUCUUAUCUUAAAAUGUGAGUGCGUGCGUGAGUGAGUGCUGAACAGAUGAGCAAGCGGUUAUUUUACUCGGUUUUAAUUUGAAAUCAUGUUUAAAAUGAUGACAGUAGUCAGGUUUGCAUUGAGCUGUGUGUUGGAUCAAAGGGUUUCAAGCACAUGUAACACAUGUAAAUGGUUUAUCUUGUAAAAACAGGAAAAAAAAAAUAUGUAAGAAAAAAAUGUAGAAACUCCACAGAGGUCAUUUUUCUUUUCAGUUUUCUGCAGACAGGCAGAA